AUGACCACGGGACAACUGGUUCGACACCUCCUUGAAAUGCUGACCACACUCUCUACAAGUCUCCACAUUCCUGAUCCGCGUCAAGAGUCGUUAUUGCUGCCCAGGCGGUGUUUGCGUGUUGGCACACUUUCACUGAAGCACACAAGUCAAUUCUCGGACUUCACGUGUGUGAAGACCGUCGGCACGGGCUCAUUUGGCCGAGUCUGUCUUGCCCAGCACAAGCGCUCAAAACGCUACUACGCCAUCAAGAUACUCCAGAAGGCAAAGAUUGUGAAACUGAAGCAGGUGGAACAUACGCUGAAUGAGAAGCGAAUUCUCUCCUGCAUCAACUUCCCAUUCAUUGUGGCAUUGAAGACACACUUUAAGGACAAUGCAAACCUCUACAUGGCACUCGAGUUUGUAAACGGUGGAGAACUCUUUUCGCUCCUACGAAGAGAGGGGAAAUUCAAGGAAGACACUGCCCGAUUCUACGGCAGCCAGGUCGUCCUUGCACUGGAGUACUUGCAUUCCAUGGACAUCGCCUACAGGGACUUGAAGCCAGAGAAUCUGCUCAUUGAUAGACGCGGUUACCUCAAGGGCUACAGUCGAGCAGUUGAUUGGUGGGCAGUGGGCGUGCUCAUCUUCGAGAUGAUUGCUGGCUACCCUCCCUUCUUCGCCGAGCAAGCACUCCAAGUAUACGAGAAAAUUGUCGCAGGCAAGGUGAGAUUUCCCUUCUUCAUGAGCACCGACGCUAAGGAGUUGCUUGGAAACCUCCUCCAAGGUGACACCACAAAGCGGUACGGCAACAUGCGCAACGGCGUCGCCGACAUCCAAAGCCACGUCUGGUUUGCCUCCAUCGACUGGGUCGACAUCCUCGAGCAGAAGGUGAAGGCGCCGCACGUGCCGACCGUGAUAGACGAGGCGGACGCCUCCAACUUCGACGACUACCUCGAAGAGACCCCCGACACCAACGCCAGCAUGCUGUACGCGGAGGAGUUUGCCGACUUUUAG